GCAGAAGGUGCCUAGUGGGGCCUAGGCAGGUUGACUAUCCGGUUUAGUUCAAGGGUCUGUUCGAAUAUUCACCGAUUUUCGUUGAUCUGAAUUUUUGGGUUAAAAAGGAGAGAUGCCGACAUUCCGAUCAAUGUGGAAACGCGACUGUGAUGGCGAAGCGUCUUCUUCAUCUACAUCUACAACGAUGCGCCAGCCAUUUUACAAGGACAACCGCAUAGUCCCUUUGGGGAUUAUGCUGUUAACGUUUUUCAUUUUUGUUUAUCACUUUGAAUUGGAUCGUCAAGGCCCAUUGGGCGAGAUCCCCGCGACGGUCGUUCCGAAUACAUUCCUUGUUGAAUCGUCAAAUUCAAAUCCUAAUGCCACCACCAACUAUGCGGAUGAAGCUGUUGACCAGCCCGUUCACCAUGACAUUCCCUCCCCUCUUCCUUCCGCUAAACCGCCAAUCUCACCCUCCUCCACAACUCAUUCGCUCCACCAGCCGAAAGGCCUAACUACCGACGAUGUUAUUCUUAUGUUCAAAACCGGUGCUACCGUUUUAUGGAAGCGAGUGCCUAUCCACAUGGCGACUACAUUCUCACCCAAUCGCAUCAGCCCCGAAAAUAUUAUCAUCUACUCCGACUAUCCCGAGAGCAUAGGGCAAUGGGAGAUCAUCGACGUUCUUUCAAACACCUCCGAUCAAGUGCGCAACUCGGAGACCUUCAAGCCGUACCUCCAGCAGGAGGACUACGAAUCACGUCAGAACUAUGCUGAAAUGUCCAACAUGCCCGGUGAUGCUGCCGGGCCUCCCGGAGGAUGGAAGCUCGAUAAAUACAAAUUCUUGCCUAUCAUUCAGCAUGCAGGACUGAACAAGCCCAAUGCCAAAUGGUAUAUCUUCAUGGAAGACGACUCCUACAUCUUCCUUCCCAAUCUCCUUCGCCAUUUGGAGAAGUUUGACCAUAAAGAUCCUUGGUAUCUGGGUAGUCUGGCCUGGAUCCAUGGAGACUACUUCGCUCACGGUGGCUCUGGCUUUGCGCUAUCUCGGGGGGCUUGGGAAAAGAGUUUCGGAAAAGACCCACGUAUCGUGGAGAAGUUUGCGGAAUUCACCGAAGAGCAUGGCUGCGGAGAUCACAUCCUUGGCCAUGUACUACAUGAAUACGGUGUACAAUUCGGCGAAACCACGGACGAUGAUCGAUUCCGGUAUGGGUUCAAUCCCGACGCUCACUGGUCGACAUGGUAUGAGCCCGCCAACUGGUGCAAACCGGUGUACAGCUGGCAUCACACGCAUGGAAAAGACGUUGCCCGGUUUCACAAGCUCGAACAGUCUUGGGACUUCGAAAAGGGCCCUCUGAGAUAUCGCGACAUUUACGAGGCGCUGGUCGCCCCGUAUCUGCGUGCUCGCGCAGAGUGGUGGGAUAAUUGGUCGGGGAAGUAUGAGAUUAAAUCCAGCAUGGCUGCAAGUGCCGAGCCACCAAGCACGGUCAAGUCUACUGAGACAUGGCGCAGCGCCUGGAAGUCGGUGGAGGCGUGUGAGGCAGCCUGCAUAGCUUGGGCUGACUGCGUGCAGUGGUCGUUCUACGAGGACCGCUGUAAGAUGGACAGCAUGGUUUUAUUGGGCAACGGUAUUCCGGAAGGUGACUCUAGGCGACAAACUAGCCUCCCUUGGGUCAGCGGAUGGCUGCCACGUCGGAUUGAACACUGGACUUGCCAAGAAUAAUCCAAGAGACCAAGAAAUCAAUUUGGAGUUGUAUCGUACAUAGAAUAAGACGAGUAUCAAAAAAUAAGCAGCCGCAAGCCACAACUCCAUCAGCCCCUCACCAUGUCUUAGAGGUUAAAUCGUGAUGACCAUCUUACUCGCGAGGCUUGCAGUUGAAGAAAAAAGUUGUGCUCGACUGCCUAGCGAGUUGUACUACGAAAGUCUAUGCCACGG